UAGUUCCAAGAGUUAUCUUUAAGCCCCUCCCCCUUACGUCAUCUUCGACCUACAUCACAAACAUUCAACAUGGCGAGCGAUUCAGCCUCGGCAACAGAUUCGGUGGUAUAUGUUCCAGAUACGAUAUCGGUGUCGUAUCUCGACCGAAGUAAAGAUUUAUCCCAGAAAGUGUUGGAGAAGGGUUUAAAUUGUUUCACACAAGGUUGUAUUCAUAAUAUCCGAGUGUCAAAGCCUGAAAAUAGGAUACGAGUUGAUGCAAAUUGCUGGCGAUCCAAGAGGAAGUCACAGCCGCCGUAUUCGCUGCAGAUCGAAAUAAAUGUCGAAAAAUCAACUUUGACCGAAUCAUAUUGCAAAUGCAAAGUAGGACUAGGGAUCUUAAACGCCAUGAGCCUGUCAACAGUGUAGGGUGUGAAGACACUUCCAUUCAUCAUAAAUCCCCUAUUACUUUGCCCCCAGAGUUUGUAAAUUUAAAUAAAGUGAUGACACAAGAGGAAAUUAUAAAAAUAGAGAUUGAGACAAGAAAACAACACAACUCUGGUGAUUGGUAUAAACACAGAAAGGGCAGGCUUACAGCUUCCAACUUUGAGAA